AUGCCGGCGGAGCAGCCGCACGACAGGAACGCCAGCCUGGACGCCGAAUCCACACCCGUCAGCGCGCACCGUCUGCUGCGCUCUGUGCCUCUAGCAGAAAGCGCCUUCUCCGCACUGCCACCUCUCGCCGUCCUUAAAUACUCGUCCUCUUCUCAACCUCAGGCCCACCCCCAAACCUCAGCGGCUUCUCCUUUCCGCUUCUACCUUUUCCCUCGGGCCUCGAUUGUGGGAGGCCCUUUCUUCGUGUUUUCUCCCGACAACGACAACACUUGGACACAAUGCCAGUCUGCAACAAGCUCUCCGUCUUCUACUACGUGCCGAGCCAGGUCUUCGCAACAUACUAUCCAACCUAACACCAGUGGUUUAUCGCACCUUGGGAACCACGGCUGCCUUGCACCGCAUCUCACCGGCACAUCUUUGGACUUCGCUUUCACACACGGCAACUCUACACCGGAUCUUCUCGCUUCCUUCACGGAACCAUACCCCCUGCUUCCCCCCUCGUCCGUUUCCGACCCACUCUUGGACGGUGCGUUUGACGCGGCAUCGUUCGAUCUUUUCGGCGGCCUACAAAACGACCCGCUCCUGUUCGCGCUUGAUGGCGCAAACACUGGAUCAAACUACUCGGACGAGUCUCCUGACAUGUACAACGAAUCUUUCCUUGCCGCUACUCUGAACCCCGCACCAGACUCAUUCAACUCGUUUGCUGCAUCUACCCAACCCUCCAGCAAAGCUCCUUCUUCCCGGCCGUCACCCUACUCUACGGCCGAGUCGGCAUUCUCCAAUGACGCACCGGCGGGUGCCUCUUCAUCUCCCUCAGGCUCCUCCUCUUCGGCGGGCGGCAAGCGCAAGCGCGCCGCUUCGGGCGACGAGCCCGCGGACGAAACGCUUGCCGACAAACGGCGCCGCAACAACCUCGCGGCGGCAAAGUACCGGCAGAAGAAGGUGGACCGGAUCUCGGAGCUGGAAGAUGAGGUGAAGGAAGUAUCCAAGGAGAGGGAUGAGCUGAAGCUGCAGCUGGCGCGGAGGGAUGCCGAGUUGGAGCUUCUGCGGAAGCUGAUGAUGGAUAGGAAGUAG